ACACAUGACCUAUUCAUUGCUGAUUGGCUAGAACGUGGGUCCAUCAAACAUUCAGCUGAAGGAGCUGCCUGAAGUGCAUUAUUCCAUUCAUUGUCGCAAUUAAGAGGUUGAAAACAUUUAACACGCAGCUUGCUGUGCUACAAUGUAUCAUUUCGAGAUUACAACCAUUACGUUUUUGCUCCAAUGUUUUUUCUAUGCGAGCGGAAAAACUGUAUUUGGGAUUUUCAGAAGCGACUUGGCGAGAGAACAUAAUGGCCAAUACAUCACCAAAUUUUUCUAUCAGGUUGGAAAUGGACUGAUGGUGUACAGGCUAGAGAAUGUGCCUGUGGCAGUGCAGAAGGAGGCGAAGCUGCUGAUGUUCCAUAAUAUCCAAGGCUUUGACAACCUGAGCUGCUUGGACCGAGUCUCCCGUGCCCAAUUGUCUAUAACACUGAGUGCAGAGGAGCACAACCAGACUAUCCCUCAACAGUCGGUUCCCCAGGCCUGGCACAUCCUGUAUGUAGACCGCUACACGUGUGAGGAGCAGGAGAUUGUGGGUCCUUUAGAGGAUGUGAAGUUCCAGAUAAUUCUGCUGAACCCGGAUGCUGCAGGAAACCCUUUGGACCACUUCAGUGCAGAAGAGGGGGGUCUCCACAGCUUCUACUUUCUGCUGAUUCUGGCAUACUUCAUUGCAUCCUGCAUCUACAUCCAGCCACUGUGGCAGGCCCUGUAUAAAGGUGGCCCCAUGCACACUGUGCUGAAAGUGCUCUCUAUCGCCCUCUUGCUGCAGGGGAUGUCAGUGCUCUUUAACUACAUCCACAUGGCCAGGUAUGCCAGAGAUGGAGUGGGAACCCCUUUGAUGGGCAGUCUAGCUGAGUUCUGUGACAUGGUGGCCCAGGUGCAGAUGUUGUAUAUGCUGCUGAGUCUGUGUAUGGGCUGGACCCUGAGUCGCAGCAGGAAGUCUCAGAGCAAACCUCUCCAGUGGGACUCCUCUCCGUUGUCCACCUCCCUGGCUGUGGCGGUUGUGUUCACACAGGGGGUCUUCCUGAUCUGGGAGCAGUUUGAGGACACAGAGCACCACAGUUUUCAUGCACAGCGUAGUGUACCAGGUCUCUUACUACUGCUGCUACGUGUGGUGCUAGCAUUGCUACUGGCCUCUGUACUCUACCAGAUCACCUCUUCAGAGAGGAGUGCUCUUAAGAGGGACUUCUACCUUCGCUUUGCAAAGGGCUGCUUUCUGUGGUUUCUGUGCCAUCCUGUGCUGGUUCUACUCUCAGGGAUCUUUAACGAGCACCAGCAAGAGAAGGUCAUUGCUAUUGGAGUGAUUCUGUGCCAAUCGAUAUCUGUUAUUAUACUCUACCAGCUCUUCUUAUCACGGAGUCUCUACUGGGAAGUAUCAUCACUGUCCUCGGUGACAUUGCCCCUCACCAUGUCCAGAGGACCGCGCGGCCGCUUCUAGUUCCCUGUUGUGGUGGAUGCAUGUUACAUGCAUACAUGGAACUGUAGUCAGAUUGCUCUACAUUCGCAGAGAAUAGCAAGUCUGUUCUGGUGAAUGAGGUGGACUGUAGCAGUCUGUAGUGUAUAUGCAGAGCUGCAAAGCAAGAGGCCAAAUGACUGAAAUGUCCUGUUAGACUGAAGCUGACAAAAUGCAGGACAUUUCUGUUGAUGAAUGAUGGAAUAAAAGACUUCUUUGUGCCCAUAUGGAGCAGAGACAUAAGAUUCGAAAACCUUGAACUGCAACUGAUGGGUGAACGAUUGCCUUAAGUUAAGUGAGUGAAACAUUUAUGUAUAAAGUAAGUGUAAGAUAACUAUUUUGUUUUCUCUUCUGUCAUAUUUAUCUGAAUUUUGAUAUGGUAUGUUUGACAUGCAUGUCUCUCCUACGACAAACUCACUUCAGUACAUAAGAAUCCACCAUAGUUCAAGGUCUUUUUUAAAACACACACAUGAUCUGAUGGGGGAAACCCAGUAGCACACAGGUAGUUAUUAUAUUGUGGUAAAGGUCAAAUCAAACCUAUGCACUGAGGGUGACGGAAUCAUUCUUUUUAAUAAAGGUUCAAUGUAGAACGUUUUUGAUUCAAAA